GGUUUUGCAUAACGUAUCUCUCAGUUAGCCACAAAGAAAUAGCACUGAACAUUGAGCACUGAGUCUCCGGCGCCGCCACAGCAACCACCACUACAACCACCGCUGCAACCACUCAAAUCGACACGAAAUGGGGAAGAAGAAAUUCAUUGACAAAAAAAACUCUACAACAUUCCAACUCAUGGCUCGUGACUCAACCGAUCCAGCAUUCGCUCAAUCCGACCGUGUUUUCGUUCGCGUCGACAACAAUCCUCGUCCCGCCGACUCCGUCUUCGCCGAUUCACCCGAUGACCCCGACGCAGAGUUCGAUAGCGACGGCGGAUAUGCUGAAGGCAGCGGUCCUUUGCCGGACGAUGUGAGGAAGGAGAUUCUGGAAUUAGGGUUUCCGGAUGAUGGUUAUAACUACUUGUUUCAUUUGAGGGAAAUUAAGAAUACUGGUGGUGGUGCAAAUUUCUUUAGUAACCCUAAGUUCAAACUUGAGCAUGUUAGUGAUGUUAAGGCUUAUGAUGCUUCGAGAGUGCGAAUUAAAGAGGCGGCGGAGAAAGAGCCUGAGGAAAAUACUUUGUACAGUGUUGCAUCCCAUACUGCUAAUGUAAGGGUUCAAAAAGCUGUUGAUCCUGAAGUUGCUGCACUGCUUGAUUAUGACAGUGAUGUGUCGCGGUUUGGCUCUGAUGUCGAAGAUUUGGAGGAAGACUUUGUUGUCCAGGCUAACCUCUGUGAUGACGAAGAUGAUGAUGAAGAGAAGGCACACACGUCCAAUGGAAAUAACUUCUCUGAGGAGUCUAUGAUGGGUAGGAGCUUAAACAAUAAACAAGUAUCACAAGUUUCUACUUAUUCCACUCUUGAUGGUGAUUGUGGACCUUUGGAUGGGAGUUCAAAUGGUGCAACAGGUGUGCAUUGUGUUGCUGAGAAGCCAAGAGGUCGUCGUCUGUUAGAUGAACAAUUCGAUUUGCUUGAAAGUCAAGAGUAUGGAACUGAUGAUAACAGUGACUAUGAUGAUUAUUAUGGUGACUAUGAAGAAAGUUAUCGAGCUGAAGACGAGUCACUUGCUGAGAAGCUCAAACUCUCGCUUAGCAACCAUCAGAUGGAUAACCAAGAACUUGAUGGUGGUGGCAAGUACAAGGUUCCCGCAGAAGGUGAGGAGGAAGAGGAUUCUGCUGCUGAUGUGAUUCGCCGUACCAAGGAAUAUGGUGAGCAGUAUGAAGUUGAAGAUGAUGGAAAGGAUGCUGUAAUUUUUGAAGAAAGUAGCGAUGAGUCGGAAGUUUGGGAUUGUGAGACUAUUGUUUCGACGUACACAAAUUUAGAUAACCACCCUGGAAAGAUUGAAACACCGGGGGCAACUAGGAAAAAGAAAUUGGCUGAAACUGUGACUGCAGCCUUUAGUUCCUCUAGUCCAAUAAUUUCCCUAAGAGGAAAAGCUAAGAUUCCUUUAGACUUCUUACCUGGUGGUAGAAAACCUUCUGCUGAAAAGGUUAAAGACUCAACAAUUGAAAAAGUUGAACCGUACAAGAGAAAAAAACAUGGCCUAGAGUCAAAGGAGGAGAAGAAAGAGAGAAAGACUGCUGUGAAGGAGGAACGGGCUGAAGCACGGCGCACUAAAAAAGAAAUGAAAGAGCUUUAUAAGUGUGAAGCUAACCGGGCACAAAGAGCUGCAGCUGUAUCUGGCCCUUCAUCCAUUCAUCUAUUGUAAGUCACAUGCACCAGCUCAACUCGUCUCUUAGGCGUGGCUGCCAUGGACACUACAGUGAAGCUUGUGCCUCUUCUAUGAUGUUUUCAUGCCUCAAUGCAAAGUUUUGUCUCUUUUGUCCAACCAAUAAUGUACACAUAAUUGUUUUGCUUGUUGUUAUUUAUUGGUUUUGGUUAUGUGAGAAUAAACAAAUGUCAUUAUUAUGUUUCUCACAAUGAAAACUUUAGUGUAAUUUUUGUUUUGUAGAACAAAGUACAACAACCAUACUUUAAUUAUACACUAGAAUAAACAUAUGUCAUUAUUAUGUUUCUA